GGAGGGAGGCGGGUCUGAGCCCGCGCCCCGGCCCGCGGGGGAGUUCCCACAGCUGGCCGCUCCGGCCUGCGGGGCUACAUCACUGCUGCCGGUCAGGCGGGGCCCGCGGGACCCCAUGGGUAGCGCCAUGGCCCGGGAGAGGCCUCCCCGGAGGGGCUGCGGCACCCUGCGCCGGUGUCUACUCGGCGCCGCGCUGUUGCUCGGCCUGCGGCUGUGCGCGGACCUGCGGCGCGCCGGGUCCGGGUCCCCAGCCCGCAGCGCCCUGCCGGGCCCGGCCUGGCGGCCACGUGGGCCGCACCUGCAGCCUGCGCCAGGCUCGCCGCGUGGCGCCAGCAGGAGGCAGGUGACCUACGUGCGCAGUGGGCGCCCGGCGCCGCCGGGGGGCGGCGGGAGCGGGACGCCGGAGCCUGGCUGCUGUGCCCCGCGCGGGCGCCCCCGCCAGAAGGGUCCACGGUGGCAUAUAGAUCUCCAGCCUUGGGCAGGCCCUGCUCAGUCCCUGGAUGAAGAAGCCUGGAGAUUCCUGAGAUAUAUCAGCACCGCCCAGAUUGCAUGCAAUCACAUGAAUACAGACAGCCUGGCUACUGACUCUAGUCCUACACACAAGCCCUGGUCAGUGUGUCUUGACGACAGGUUCAAUUUAGCUCAUCAAAUCCGCAACAAGCAGUGCCGCCUCUACUCCUUAGGGCUGGGAAGUGAUGAUACCCAUUUUGAGGUCAGCAUGGCUAACAAUGGAUGUGAAGUGCAUCGUUUUGAUCCUAGUGUCAAGUCAGCUCACAUUCUGGAGAGUCAGCACCUUUGGUAUCACCGCUUGUCCAUUGACUGGCGGGAUCCCCAUCCAGCUGUUGCUGCCCAAAAACCACAUAGCAACACCAGAAAACUGGGAAGCAUUUUGAAUGAAUUUGGGCAUCACAAGAUUGACGUUCUCAAGGCAGAUCUGGAAAGUGCAGAAUGGAAAGUUUUGGAAAAUCUUAUUCUGGAAGAUGUUCUUGAGCGGAUUGGACAGCUCAUCUUUGAGAUCCAUCUCCACUGGCCUGGGUUUGAGGAAGGAAAUCUGUCCUGGAUAUGACAAAAAGGCUGCAAAAAGGAAAAGGAGCCAGAUGGUAACCACCUAAGUCCAGUAACCACGUGAUCUUGAGACUUUUUAUGCUGAAAUAUAACCCCACUCACUUAUGUACUCUAAAAUGUUGUGUAAUCAUGACUUAGUGCCACCACUAAAUGAAUAAAUAUGGAAUGUGUUACAUUUAA